AGCUCGGCCCCGCCCCUCCCGCGGUCGCUGCUGACAACAAGAUGGCGGCGGCGGGGCCGGCGGGCCCCGAGAGCCGGGUGUUGGGUUAUACUUUACACCGCUGGAGCAGCUUUUCUUCCACUUAUUUACCCGAGAACAUUUUGGUGGACAAACCCAAUGAUCAGUCCUCGAGGUGGUCUUCUGAAAGCAAUUAUCCUCCCCAGUAUUUGAUUCUGAAACUUGAAAGACCUGCCAUAGUCCAGAGUAUCACGUUUGGCAAAUACGAGAAAACACAUGUCUGCAAUUUAAAGAAGUUUAAAGUCUUCGGUGGGAUGAAUGAGGAAAACAUGACAGAUCUCUUAUCCAGUGGCUUAAAGAAUGAUUAUAACAAAGAAACAUUCACCUUGAAGCAUAAAAUUGAUGAGCAGAUGUUCCCCUGUCGAUUCAUUAAGAUAGUUCCACUCUUAUCCUGGGGACCUAGCUUCAAUUUUAGUAUCUGGUACGUUGAACUUAAUGGCAUUGAUGAUCCAGAUGUAGUCCAACCGUGCCUCAACUGGUACAGCAAGUACCGUGAACAGGAAGCCAUUCGCCUUUGCCUAAAGCAUUUUCGUCAGCACAACUACACUGAAGCUUUUGAGUCGCUGCAGAAGAAAACCAGGAUUGCUCUGGAGCACCCUAUGUUGACAGACCUGCAUGACAAACUAGUGUUGAAGGGAGACUUUGAUGCUUGUGAAGAACUGAUAGAAAAAGCUGUGAAUGAUGGCUUAUUCAAUCAGUAUAUCAGUCAACAAGAAUACAAACCUCGCUGGGGACAGAUUAUCCCCAAAAGCUCCAAAGGUGAUGGGGAAGACAGCCGACCAGGGAUGAGAGGAGGCCAUCAGAUGGUUAUAGAUGUUCAAACAGAAACUGUUUAUUUGUUUGGUGGCUGGGAUGGAACUCAAGACCUGGCUGACUUUUGGGCAUACAGUGUGAAGGAAAACCAGUGGACUUGUAUAUCCAGAGAUACCGAGAAAGAGAGUGGGCCCAGUGCCAGAUCUUGUCACAAAAUGUGCAUUGAUAUUCAACGAAGACAGAUCUACACGCUGGGUCGCUACCUGGAUUCCUCUGUGAGGAACAGCAAAUCUCUGAAAAGUGACUUCUAUCGCUAUGACAUUGACACGAACACAUGGAUGCUACUGAGUGAAGACACUGCAGCUGAUGGGGGUCCAAAGCUGGUGUUCGAUCAUCAGAUGUGUAUGGAUUCUGAAAAACACAUGAUAUAUACCUUCGGAGGCAGAAUUUUGACCUGUAAUGGCAGUGUUGAUGACAGCAGAGCCAGCGAACCACAGUUCAGUGGAUUGUUUGCUUUCGACUGCCAGUGUCAGACAUGGAAACUUCUGAGAGAGGAUUCCUGUAAUGCUGGACCUGAGGAUAUCCAGUCCCGAAUAGGCCACUGUAUGUUGUUCCAUUCUAAAAAUCGUUGCUUAUAUGUAUUUGGUGGCCAGAGAUCAAAAACUUACUUGAAUGAUUUCUUCAGCUACGAUGUAGACAGCGACCAUGUGGAUAUCAUAUCAGAUGGUACAAAGAAAGAUUCAGGGAUGGUUCCAAUGACAGGAUUCACUCAAAGGGCUACCAUUGAUCCAGAACUGAAUGAAAUCCAUGUCUUGUCCGGGCUCAGUAAAGAUAAGGAGAAGCGGGAAGAGAAUGUAAGGAAUUCUUUCUGGAUUUAUGACAUUGUGAGAAACAGCUGGUCUUGUGUCUAUAAAAAUGACCAAGCAGCCAAAGAAAAUCCAGGUAAAAGUCUUCAGGAAGAAGAGCCCUGCCCAAGAUUUGCCCAUCAACUGGUUUACGAUGAGCUGCACAAGGUUCAUUAUUUAUUUGGAGGAAAUCCUGGCAAGUCCUGCUCUCCAAAGAUGAGAUUAGAUGAUUUCUGGUCUCUGAAGCUCUGUCGACCUUCAAAGGAAUAUCUGCUAAGACACUGCAAAUACCUCAUAAGGAAGCACAGGUUUGAAGAAAAAGCUCAGACUGAUCCGCUUAGUGCACUGAAGUACCUACAGAAUGAUUUGUAUGUAACUGUGGAUCACUCAGACCCUGAGGAGACAAAAGAGUUUCAGCUUCUUGCCUCAGCUUUAUUUAAGUCUGGCUCGGAUUUCACCACUCUCGGAUUUUCAGAUGUUGAUCACACUUACGCGCAGAGAACUCAGCUGUUUGACACAUUAGUCAACUUCUUUCCGGACAACAUGACCCCUCCUAAAGGCAACUUGGUAGACCUCAUCACGCUGUGACAGAGCAAUCACUGGACAUACGGAAGAGGGGAAAAGCAUCCAUUUUCAGUAUUUUAAUUUGUUUUUUUUUUUACUGCAUUGAUUGACUGCUGGGAUGAAGUUAUAUAGUAACCCCUAGGUGUUUGAAAGGGGUUUUAUACUUGUAUGGUGAAUCCCUGAAGCUUUUCCCUUGGAGUAGGUUAAUAAAAAUGUAACUGACGUACUUCUGACUAAAUAUAUAUAUAUUUUUUCUGACAUUGAAUUUUGAGUUAGCAAACCUAAGGAGAAAAGAGAGGGGAGGAGAAUAAAAUAAAACCCCAUCGUGCAGUGAACGCUUUUCCCUCUAGAGGAAAAUUGAGAUUCGUGGGCUGUCUGGAAUUAAAUAUGAUGGGUUUUAUUUUGGGUUUCAUGGGAAAGGGGGCGGUGGUUCUUUGCUCAUUCGUAGCUAGUCAUGAUAUAUUGCUUUGUCCUACAAGUCCAUCCUCAGCAGCUGAAUAACUUGGCAGCAAGACACUGGCGUGUGUUGAGGUAAUAGUAAUAUAUGUGUCUUGAGUCUUGUAAUCGCAGGGUGUCAUGUGAAGGGAGCAUGUGUUACAAAUUGUCUGUCUUCUCUUCUGAGAACCCGGCUGGCAGCAGUGUCUGAUUGCAUUUGAUAUCUGUCUAAACCUAAAUGCCUAUCUUCCGUUCUCUGGAGCCUUCCACAUGGACCUGACGGUCACGUGGGAGCCUUGGAGAAACUGUCAGUAAACAGGAGUGCAGGGGUUGUCUGCCCAGGCUCCUUAUCAGGGAUCGCUCUGUUUCCAGUGCCAUGCUCUCCUGAUGAAAAACUCUGCAGGUCCUCACAACGCACUGACUGCAGAACUGGGUCUUCCACUCACUCACCCAACAUCUGCAACCUGACUCCAGGUUGGGUGUAGGAUUUCCGAAGCAGAUUGUGUUCGUUUACAUACACCUAUGCUUCUGUGUGCAUUUGUCAGUGUGUAAAUGUAAAGAGGUUUGCUCCAAACAGUUUGUCUUCUGUUUGUGUAGUGCAGUUUCUUUACUUUAAAACGCAUUUUAGACCUUGCUCUGAAUGUGAAGGAGGCCUUUUUAGCAUAAACUCCUUUAAAAAGCAAGCUGAUGCAUAUGAAUAGAAAAUAUAUUCUUCUUUGCUGAAAGCCUUCUUUAUAAAUAAGGUAAGGGCUUGGUGCUGCACUAUAAAGUGGAAUGAAGGAUACUCAUACCAAGCAUUAGCAGAUUUUGCGUUCAGUGUCAAUAAGCAAUUCAAUACAAAACUGGCUGAUGUAAAUACAUAUAUGCAACUGCAAAGCUUUAUGUCCAGAAAUGUUCGUGCCAGCAGGGUACCAUUGCUGCACUCACUAUGGCUACACGGCUCCUGUUGAACUUGAUGGAAGUCCUGUGUGUGUGUGUGUGUGCAAAGAUGAUUUGAACUCUUGAAAUAAAAGAGUUAGUGAAGUGUCUUUUCCAGAGCUUGAGUUGUCUGCUUGCUUUGAUUGCAUUGUAUUGCCUCUUUAAUCAUGUUCUUUGUGCAACUUCCGUAGUUCUGCUAUGUUAGAAAUAAAUUUUAAACCUCCAUACUAGUGAUUAAUCACCCAGAAAGGAACAAUGUGUUAGAGGUUGUGGGCUUUGCUUUGUCUCCAGGGAGGACUGUAUAGAUGCGGAGUUUUAAGUAACCUGUAACUUGAGACUGCUUAGGAAUUGUAUACUUCAGUGGUCAGCAAAUCAGGUGUCUGUUGAAGAAUACGCAGUGCAGUAAAUGAAAUUUGAUGAAA